CUGGAAGCGGCCGUGUGCCAGAGCACCGUGCGUACCUCACGUGAGUGAGACAUGAGACGCCGGGGUUCCGGGAUCGCAUACCUACUUGGCAUGAGCUGCGCUACCCUAAGCACUGCUAUUUGGCUCGGACGAGUCGUUUGGAGAUUUGAGACAUAUGUGGAAGAUCCGGAUUUCGAGAUCGAAACGAAGCUGGUCAUUUUCCUGGUGGUGAAGGCAGUCUUUCUGGGUAUCCACGGUGUCAUGGUGAGAGUUGACUGGUCGACGUGGGGCUUCGCCUAUUAUUAUGCCUUCGCCAUCCUCUAUUUUGAUCUGUUGCAGGUCAUCAUUGGUGCAAUUUUCUGGCGCCAAUUUCGAAAGUAUCGAAGAAAGGUCACAGCAACUCGCCAAGAGGAGCAGAAGAACAACCGCAAAGAGUAUUUGAAGAGUUUGCCACGGAGAAAUUGGCAAGACCUUGAGCCAAGGACUCCACCAGAAGAGGCUCCGGUGCCGGAGGAGUCCAAAGCCAACAUUCAAAACGAGCACAUCUGCGUUUUCUGCCUCGCUGAGUACACGCCCACUUGCACAGUGGUGAAGCUUGACUGCGGCCACAUUUUCCACGAGGCGUGCAUCUCCAACUGGAUUUUGGAUGAGAAGCGGGACCCCUGUCCGUUCCGCUGCCCCGACUUUCCCACAGAACUGGUGGCUUGUGCCAGAGACAACGUGGAUCUCAGGACUCCCAGACCUCCAUCCACUCCUGUGAUCAUGGGAAGACGUACCUGACCUGCCGUGGCUUGUGGAGACCUUUUCAUUUUGCUUCGGUUCAAAAUUUAUGUCAGUAG